UUGAGUGUAAAUUUGGUCUCAAAAAGAUCCAGAUUUUCGAGAAAACCCCAUGUAUUUCUCUCCACGCCCGUUUCAGCCUGAUAGUUCUCCCUUGUGACCGCCAUGGCGAUCUCCCCACGACCGCCGGCUGUCGCCGAGGCGGUGGACGAAAUUAUGAGAACUUAUAGGUCCUUGCCACCGCGGCCAACCAUCGAGGAAGUUGCUGCAGCGACGGCAGUUUUAACGAGCUCAAACUGCGAGGAGGAGGCCAAAAUCGAGGAGUUGAGUCGGAAAGGAAAGCCCGCCGGCGUCCCCGAUGAGCUCUUCUUUGUUCUGCAGGAGGUCAAGCGCAACACGGUCCAGCUUCUGGCCCUCGAGCAGCGACGCGAGGCUCUGCGCGUGCUUGAUCUCGAUCGACGCUUUAGAGUACUCGACGAGCUCAUUCAGAGAGCAUCCAAGCUGGUUUCCGACGAAGAUGGAGGUGAGAAGGAGGAUAAUCCUAAGCCGAUAGUUGGUUUGGGCGUUACGAUGCCGAUGAUUGGUCCGAGCUUGGGGACGAUGGAAAAUGAUGGAAAAGGGGGCUCAGAUUUGCCUAAAGAAUUGGGACGUGGUUCCUCCUUGAAAUCUGAGAUUCCUUCAGGCAAAAACUCGGAGAAGUUGAGCCUCAUCAUGGUUGCAAGCUUGAUCGAGACUUACGCAAAAAAGGGCACCGGAGUUCUUGAUCUUCAGGGUAAACUCAUGGAUCAAAUUGAGUGGUUACCAACAUCACUUGGGAAGUUACAAGACGUCACCGAAUUAAAUUUGUCGGAGAAUCGAAUCAUGGCUAUCCCACCCACCAUUGGCAGCCUACGAUUCUUAACAAAGUUCGAUAUCCAUUCCAACCAGCUGACUAAUCUUCCGGACUCGAUUGGAGAACUUUCAAGUCUUGUCAAUCUCGAUCUUCAUGGAAACAAGUUAACUUCUCUGCCUCCUUCAAUCGGAAACCUCACGAACUUAGUGAACCUGGACCUGAGUUGCAACCAGUUAUCCAUCCUACCCGAAACAUUGGGGAAUCUAACAAAUCUGAGGAGAUUAAUCCUCGAAACAAAUGAACUUGAAGAGCUCCCCUUCACUAUUGGUUCUUGCUUAUGUUUGGUUGAGCUCAGAUUAGAUUUCAAUCACCUCAAAGCACUGCCUGAAGCCAUUGGGAAGCUCGAAAGCCUAGAAAUUUUGACUUUACACUACAACAGAAUCAAAAGUCUGCCUACCACAAUGACUUCACUUUACAAGCUGAGGGAGCUCGAUGCUAGUUUUAAUGAGCUGGAAUCGGUCCCCGAAAGCCUUUGCUUUGCUAUCAAUCUCGUGAAGCUCGACAUCGGGAGAAAUUUUGCAGAUCUCAGAGCUCUACCUAGAUCGAUUGGAAAUCUCGAGAAUCUGGAGGAGUUGGAUAUAAGCAGUAAUCAAAUAAGGGUGUUGCCUGAUUCAUUCAGAUAUCUGUCAAAGCUGAGAGUUUUCCUCGCAGAUGAGACUCCCUUAGAAGUGCCGCCAAGAGAAAUUGUUAAAUUGGGAGCGCAAGCGGUUGUUCAGUACAUGGCUGAUUUAGUUGCAGCAAGGGAAGUAAUCCCUAGGCCUGCGCAGAAGAAGAGCUUCUGGUCGUGGAUUUUCGCUAUGAUUUUCUGUCGUCCGAAGAACAAGAAGAUAUCCGUUGCUAAAUCGUGAAAAGCUGGAGUUCGCGGCUGUAAAUAGCUUUGCUUUCAUAAUUUUUCAGCAUGUUUUUAUUGUUACUUCUGUGGUUGUAUCUCUUAUUGUAACUUGUUCAUGAGGAGUGUUUUGGUUUGUUAAAUGAAGAACCAUUAUUUAUUUCA